AUGGACGCCAUAAUACCUGUAACCCUUCGAAGAGCGAGAACGACAACGUCGCCAGCGCCCACGCCCGCGCCCGUACCGAAACCAACUUUCCCCCUAUACCUUCUCCCAUCGUUGCGCAUUCCCUUCACCCGCCGACGCCGCUCGAACGCGAACCCCGAUUUGCCGCAGGAUGGGCCCUCAUCCUGCACAAGCUCAGGCACAAGUCCAAGCGACACUGUCCCGUCCCUUUCCGCCUCUCCAACGUCACCCGUCUCCUCAGCGCCUGAUACCCCUUCUUUAUCUACCGCGCCAGAUCACCCCCGAAGUGGAAGCCGUCGUCUUUCUCACAUCCGCCACGACACUCUCCGCUGCCGAGGGUGUGCCACCGAUGUCGCCUUCCACGCCCAGAUCAUCAGCAAAUGCUUCCAGGGCCGCUACGGCCGCGCCUACCUCGUAGCGCCCCCAGCCAUUCUCCCAACGCCAACCUGCCCGACCAUCCCCGCGACACACGGCCCUGAUAAGGACCCCAACGCCCCGCGCGACCUGAUCAACACCCGCCUCGGACCCGCCGAGAAGCGCCAGCUCAUCACCGGCCCCCACACCGUAGCGGACGUCACCUGUGCCGUGUGCCGCGCCAAUAUCGGGUGGAAGUAUAUCGACGCGUGGGAACCGGCGCAGCGGUAUAAAAUCGGCAAGUACAUUCUGGAGACGAAACGGGUGGUGCAGGUUAAGGGCUGGGAGGAUUUGGAGUUAGAGGGGGAAAGGGGAGGGGACUGGCGACCGAGAGAGAGGGGGGAAGAGGAAGGCGGGGAUGAAGGGUUGGUCGUGUUCGACUUGGAGGACGAGGACGAAUGUGACGACAUGUUCGCUGGUGUGUGGGACGCGAGUGUGGUUGCCAGGCGCCGGCAGAUGAGGGCCGGAGGCCUGAAGAGCUGGCGCCAUGAUGCCAGUGCGUUGAUCUAG